AUGACCUCUGUACUAGCCAUCGUCAACGCGCGGCGUGUGUGGCGGGGCGCUUCGGCUCUGCAGCCGACCGUGGCAUCGUCGUACCCGCCGGAGGUGGACGCGCUGUUGGUGGAGGGUGGCCGCAUCAGCUUCAUCGGCAGCACCGCAGAGGUACAGCAGCGCUACGGCGCGCUAGUGGCUGCGCAGCCCGUCGAUGCGGCAGCAGCAGCCCCUCAGCCGGUGGAAGGCGGCCGCCCGCGCACGGCGUCGCACCGCGUCAUCGACUGUGAGCACCACCACGCUGUGUACCCAGGCUUCAUCGACUCCCACGUGCACUUCCUUGACGGCGGUCGCAUGUUGCUCGCCCCUCAGCUGGGCUCUGCGACGAGCAGGACACAGUUCAUAGCGAUCGUUCGCGACUUCGUGGAGCACCGCUACAGCCGUGAGGAAGGCGGUUGGGUGUACGGCGUCGGCUGGAGCGAAGCGGUGCUGGGCUGCUCGCCGACGCGCGAGUGGCUGGAUGAGGUGAGCACGAAGAUCCACCUGGUCAUGUACAGCAAGGACAUCCACUCCGCUGUUAUGAAUACGGCCGCGCUGCGCAGCUGCCACAUCAUCCCUGGUGCAGAAGAUGGCGAGCCGCUAAUCACCUCCGUGGAGGGUGGCGUUAUCGAGCGAAACGAGAACGGUCAACCGAACGGUGUCCUCCGCGACAACGCCAUUCAGAUGACGAAACGCUACACGCCUGCCGCUGACACCCCCGCCAACCAACGCCGUGCGCUCGAGGCCGCUACAGAACAUCUUCUCUCGCGCGGCUUCACCUCCGUCUUCUCUAUGAUGUCGACAACGUACACGGACAACGUGAACGAGAUCGGCUUCCUCGCGCAGAUGGAGCGUGAGGGCGCGAUGCGGCUGCGCGUGCGGUACGGCGUGCCGCUGAACGAUGUGGAGCGCUUCAUGGACAAGUUCUACCGCGUGAUGGCGACGGAAGCAGCGCAGUCGGGCCGGAGCGACGCCUUUACGCUGCCCUACCGCUUUACCAUGACGCCGCCGGCCGCCGGCGGUGGCUACCUGCUGCUAGGCGCGGUGAAACUGUUCGCGGACGGGUCGUUAAGCUCGCGGACGGCGGCGAUGAACCGGCCCUAUGGCUACAAUGUGACGACGGAGGGCGACAUCGACAGCGACCUGGAUGACGCGUCGAUCAGUGCGAUCCUGAAAGAGCGGUCGGGCAAUCACUGUCAGUGCGGACUGCUGACGAUGCCGCGCCUGGAGCUGCAAAGCGCGAUCCACGUUGCGCACUCGCACGACCUGCAGUGCGUUGUGCACGCGAUUGGCGAUCGCGCUGUAGCGACAGUCAACCGCGCGCUGUGCGCGUCGGCGGACUGGCUGCGUGAGCGCGAGGCAGAGGCGGGAGUUGCGGCGGCGGUAGCGCGCUUCCGCGCCAACCCGCGCUCGCGCGUGGAGCACUGCCAGCACAUGUCCAACAUGACGAAGCAGCUGAAGCGCAUGGCGCAAUACGACAUCAUCGCAUCCAUGCAGCCCUGUCACCUUCUGUUCGAUGGCGAUUACGUGGACGCGCUCCUGGGACAGCGCCGCAAGGACACGUCGUACAUGUGGGGGACGCUGCUGGCGGCGAAAAUCCGCGUGGAUCUGGGCUCCGAUUGGCCAGUGGCGCCGGCAGACGUGAAUGACGGGCUGCGCGGCGCGGUGACACGCGUGCCGGACGUAAUGGCGGCGCUGGUGGCAGAGGAGGCUCAGUACAGGAGCCAACAGCAGGCACAGCCGUCGGCCGACAACACAGCCACCGGAGCGGCAACGGCACUGCGGCGCUACCACGACACUUGGAAUCGCGCCGAGUGCAUCUCCAUGGAUGCGGCGCUGCGCACGUACACGUACGAGGGCGCGCACGGCAUGUUCAUGGAGAAUUACCUCGGCACACUGGAAGUGGGCAAGUACGCUGACAUCACAGUCUGGACGGCGGACUGGCUGGACGACGCGGGGAUGGAGCAGAUGGCAGGUGUGGAGGACGCGAAUGCACGGUGGUGGCCGCGCCACCAGGAGCCGCACGUCGCCUACACGAUUGUUGGCGGAGUCGUAGAGUACGACCGCUCGCACUGA